UGAUUUAGUUAUUAAAAUGGCGGCGCCCAUGGAACGAAUAAUUCUUCAAAGCGAUUUUGACCAAGUUUUAAGGGAUCGAGAAGAAAAGGCUUGGGUGAGCUACAGAUGCUCUGGGAAAGACACUGUUCAUGGACAGCUGGAGUCACAAGGAGUGUCUGCAGAUGGUGUACCAUAUGUCCUGUCCUCAGAAGGUUUUCAUGUUUUAAAGGUUUCACAGAGAACUAUAGAGCUCAGUUAUACAAAUGAAGUCUCACGUUGUAGUCGACAGUUUGUGGCACCCACCACUACGUACAAAGAAAUACACAGUGAUCGUAAAUCUGUACACAGUUUAGAUGUUACACCAGGAGGUCUGGGUGUGUCAAGUGACUCGGAGGGAAAACUGAAAGUAUGGGAAACACAAACAGGUGAUGUCAGGAGAAAUCUCGAAGGUCACUAUGGAGACGUAUAUACUUGUAGAUUCUUCCCAUCAGGCAUUGUAAUAUUGAGUGGUGGUGCGGACAUGCAGUUGAAAAUAUGGUCUGCUGAGACAGGGAAGUGUGCAGCAACCCUGAGGGGUCAUCUUGCAGGUAUUCUGGACACAGCAAUAAUUGACAGAGGUAAAAACAUUAUGUCAUGUGGACGAGACGGUACAGCUAGACUGUGGGAUUGUGGGACACAGACCUGUUUGGGCACAAUCGAGUGUGGUGGUGGUAAUGUGAACUGUUGUUCCCUACAGAAUACCGGUUCUAACAUAGACCUGGGAACAGCGACACAUACACCAAAUGAGAAGGAGGUUGGGACGGAAGGUAAACUUUUACUACUUGGAUGCGAGAACGGAUCAUUACAGGGUUUUGGUUUACACAGUAGGACAAAGGUAUUUGACCUAGAUUGUCAUGGUGAUGUGAUGAGCUGUUGUUUUCUGUCAGAUACCUGUGUUGCCUGUGGGACACAAGAUGGUUAUAUAACAGUUUCAGAUAUCAGAAAUAUAAGAGUUCCGUUGAAGGAAUGGAAAGAAAGUCGUAAUGCUGUAUUAUCUAUGUUACCCUACAAGGGAGGAUUUUACACAAGUACAGGAGAUGGAUCAUGUUUUUACGUGAACCAGAAUCAUGAGACUCUUGUGGAGCUUACAGGGUCAGAUUGUGAUCCCUUGUAUAAAACUGUGUCAGAUGGACAAUAUGUGUACACUGCGUGUAGAGACAGUCAGAUCAGAAAAUACAGUAUAGCAGAUAUGCAGUUAUAAUAAAAGUGGACAUUCAAUUAUAACUUAGCUGUCUUACACGAGUUAAAGCAUCACUGGCAUUUGGUUAAAGUAUAACUGAUAUGCAGAUAUAAUGUUAUAGCAUUACUGAUAUGCUUGUCAAGCAUAUCUGAUAUUUACAGCAUAGUUAACAUUUAGCUAUAGCAUUAACAUUUAGCUAUAGCAUAACUCACAGGCUGUUACAGCAUAAUUUACAUUUAGUUAUAGCAUGAUAGUUGAAGUUAUGCGUUAGUUGCUUGCAGGAAUUAUGCAAUAACAAACUUUCAGUUUAUAGCAUAAGGGACAUUGAAUUAUUGCAUAGCAGACAUUCAGUAAGAGUAUAACUGACGAGCAUUUAUAGGAUGAAUAAUAGUGAGGUUAUAGCAUUUUAUCAGCAUUUAGUUUUAGCAUAACUGACAUUCAGUUUACAGCAUGACGGACAUUCAGGUUAUAGCAUAAUAGAUAUUCAGUUUUAUUAUACCUCAAGUAAAACACCUAAUGCAAAGUCCCCAUCUCUCAAAAUGUACUAAUUUUAAUGUCUCUCAUGCGGAUACCCAUUUUCAAAUAAUCCCCGGGUAAUGAUUUUAAUAACACCUGCGCAGAGGUGUCCUUUGCGCAUCGCACUCAGUGGAUGGUAUUUCAACCAGUUUUAGUGGAUUACAUUUAGACUUUUCAUAAUCCGUGUUGCUAUUAAUAUUUCUCUUGUUUUGGUUGCUUCGGUAUAAUAAAAUAAAUAACACAUGGCAGUGAGAGUGUUAUUGAUAUUGUCAGUCCUCAAAAUGUAUUAACACCCAAGCCGAUAAUACAUUUUUCGGGUUGACAAUAUCAAUAACACCCUCACUGCCACAUGUUAUUAAUGUAAUAGCAUAACUGAUAUGCAGUUAUAGAAACUAGUCCAAGAAAAUAUUUUAGCAUAAAAACUAAAGUUAAUGCUGCUUACAAUUAUGGCACGACUGACAUUCAGCAAUAGUGUAACUGACAUUCAGUUACACAGUCAGCGAGAUGUUUUACAUAAUAACGGACAUGCAGUUGUAGCAUUAAAGGUGUCACACAGUUACAGAAUAUUUGAAAAUAUAAUUAUAGAACUACUUUAGUUUUUAUUUAUAUGCCUAUUAUUGCACAGUUGUAUACAGACAUUUGUCAGAUGUCUUGUCAACGGCAUUUGAAAUAUAUAAUUUAAGACAUAUACAGCUGUUAUAUGGGACCAGAAUUGCAACAGGACAAAAAAUGCAAGUAAUAUGGGCAAAAUGUUAACAGUCCUAGGAGCACAGAUCUGGGAAUCAUGACGUCCCGAGUUCAAUCCCUGGGCGGGGUGUAUGUUCUCCGUGACGAUUUGAUGGAAGACAUUGUGCCUGAAAUCAUUCAUUCUCCAACUCUGAUUCAUGUGGAGAAGUUGGCAUUACUUGCGGGGAACAGGUUUGUACUGGUACAGAAUCCAGGAACACUGGUUAGGUUAACUGCCCGCUGUUACAUAACUGAAAUACUGUUGAAAAACCAAAAACAAACAAUUGAACUUGGUGAAUGUAGAACAAGUCUCGGCUCUCUUGAAUUGUUCUAUUGUUUAGUAGUCGCACAAAAUACCCACUUCAUUAUUUCAUUGAAAAAUGCAUAUAGUUGGAAAGAAAACGUCAUCUAAAGUGAAGUUCUAAUAACUCCGAUUCUAUAGAACUACACAUUAUUUGUAUGUAGUAUGUUGUGUGAUAUUUUUCUGCAUGUGUAAUAAUUUGGAAGAAUUUUCUGCUGUUCUUGAAAUACAUAAGUUAAAUAUAAUGUUGAUAAUAAAUUAUUGAACUGUAAA